AUGGACCAGUAUACCUGUAUCCAGGCGAUUGGGGAAGGAGCGUACGGGACUGCUUUCCUUGCGCGUGACGCCGAAGGAAAUAAAUGCGUGAUCAAAGCCAUUGAUGUCUCGCGAAUGACACCCAAAGAACGCCACUCGUGCAUUACGGAGGUUCAGCUCCUUGCCCGCCUGGAGCAUCCGUUUGUCGUCCGCUAUCUGGACAGUUUUAUGGAUGGAAAUACCCUUAAAAUCGUCAUGAACUACUGUGCCGAUGGCGACUUGGCAGGAGUGAUUGAAAAACAGAGCAGAAAGAAGGCGCCGUUCAAGGAGUCGCAGAUACUCAAGUGGUUCGCUCAGAUUCUCAUGGCUUUGAAACAUAUCCACAGCCACAAAAUCAUUCAUCGGGACUUUGGAAUCAGCAAGCUCCUGGACCACACGAACGCCCAAGCGAAAACGUUCAUCGGCAGCCCGUUCUACCUUAGUCCCGAGUUGUGUGCGGGAAAUCCGUACGCAACAGCGAGCGAUAUCUGGGCAGCGGGCUGCGUUCUCUACGAAAUGGCCACAUUCCACACGCCGUUCCACAUGGCUACCAGCAUCCCCGACCUCUGCUACAAAAUCCAGAAUAUGCCGAUAGCGCCGUUGCCGAAGAUCUUCUCACCGGAGAUCCAGGCUCUGGCGAACCUCAUGCUUCAGCGGGAUCCUCACAAGCGCGCAACCGCAGGCGAGCUCCUUGAGCGGCCUUCUAUGCAGGCCGCAAUUCGCGAGAUGCUGAAGGAGACUCGGAGCAGGGGCAAAACGCUCUGA